UAGGAGUACCGCGGGCGUGACGUCAUCUUGUAUUUGCUUCCAAAAUGGCGGCAGGUGAAGACCGCGAAAGUUGAGUCGAAGCUGAAGUAGCGGACUAUCUGGCCCGAGCAAACUCUAACGAGAACAACUUAUGAACCACGUUGUAUAAUGAGGCUGGCAAGCGCCUGUGUUGCUCUUGAUUUUGUAGCAGUUGUGCUUCAUGCUCGACAUUGUAGUCCGGUUUGCGCCGUAACCCUGGAUAUUCUGGCAUGACAGCCACCGUAGAUGAACAAUUCCAGUCUACAAACGAGACAUCUACACACGUUGUGCUACCGGAAAAGUUGUCCCGAAUUAAGAAAGCGAGCUGUCUACCUUCGGUGAAGCUAGGAUGGAACUCCAACGAGGUGUUGUUGUCAAUCCUUAUCAGCUUUGAUAAACACAAAGAAUGGUUCACUGACAAGAUCCCAUCAAGGCCUCCAAAUGGCUCCAUGUUCCUUAUCAAUCGGCAUGAAUUCCGGGAUUACCGUCGGGAUGGGUACACCUGGAAAAAGAGGACUAAAUCAACAACAACCAGGGAGGACCAUUUUAAACUCAAAGUGCAAGGCAUUGAUUGUAUCAGUGUUCUUUACACCCACUCGGACGUCAUUCCUACAUUCCACAAACGCUUUUACUGGCUGAUUCAGAACCCUUCUAUUAUCUUGAUUCACUAUGUGAACGUCAUGGAUGACCUCACUGGCUCAGACACCUUGUACAACUAUGUCACAUCCACAAGGAAAGAGGAUGUCUUAUCAGAAGUCACAUCCAUCUACUCUGGCAUAGAUGAGCAAAGUAUUCCAGAAGUUCAGGUUAUAGAAGAUGUGUCAGAUCCACCAUCUCCAGUGGCAGCUCCGCCUUCUCCCUCUAUUGCACGGCAACUAAAAUCCAACGAGAAAACCUUCAAAGUUUGCAUCACCCCCAAGAUUCCUCCCACCGCAAGCCUAUCCAAGGUCAAACCCACCAAUCAAAGCACCUUGCCACAAGGGAAUGCUACCCAAUGGGUUCUGAUUCCUCACAAAGGAUCUAUGCCAUGUAUAGGGACCUUUCCUAAUGCUAUUAAUACCUGGAUAAUACCCGGAACACAACCAAAUAUCUACGCUACAACCAGUAGCAUUAAUGUGCCAAUAGGGUACCCCCCUGGCGCAGGUAUACUCAUCCCUAAGCAACCAAUAGCAACGCACGAUCAGCAUUUGCCAAAUGACGCCACAAACUUACAGACAGAUUUUAGAAACUUCAAUGUCCAGCCGUUGAACCAGAUGUCACCAAACAACAACCCUACCUUCUUGGUGUCUGCGUCGCUUGCACACAAUGCACAAAAGAGGACAGUGAGAGAAGACAGCCACAUCAGGCUGAAAGCCACCAAGAAUAUCGCCCCCAAACCCUCAGAGCCCCAGCAAUGCAGUAUGCAGGGCCAGGUGAAUGCUAACAUGAGGUUUUCCAGAGGCAACGGCUCUUCAGCUUCGAUGAACAGGGAGGGUGCUUUUUCAUGUAAUUCCACGACCGCGACAGUUUCAUCACAAACUUCAAGCUUUGCCAGUUCUGGUUUAACGAAUGAAGGUGUUUAUAUUUUGAACAAUGGUAUUUGCUCAGCUCAAAGUGUUGUGUCCAGAAUUGGGAAUGGAACUACAGAAGGAAGCCUAGAUGGUCAGCAUACCCUGCGCUCUCCUUCGACAGGAAGUAUAUCCAGUCAUGGAGUCCCUGUCGAACCGAGUACAAGCCCGUCAAGUGACUAUGGCAGCUUCAUCUCAGAUGCUGGACCCAGGCUCACCAGGUCUGAGUCACUGUCAGACCAGGGAGGAAGUAGAGAAGGGAUAUUUGAUGGCCCUUUCCGCAUACCCCCUUCGCCUCUGGAAAAUACACAGGUACUUACGACGACGUCACGAGAUCCUAGUGGACAGAAACGGCCUUUUUCUCAAGCCCCAAAUGGCUCUCUAGAAGAUGACCCGCUAGGCCCUCAUAACCUUGCCGACCUAGGUUUUGAUGUCAGUGAACUCUCACCGUUUGAGUCAUUUGGAGAUGGCAUGCUUUCUAAUUAUGAUUUGAAUUCGGUGUUUCCGGACUUUUUGGACUCUCUGACGGGAGAGGACUCUCAUGAGCAGACUUUAAGCCGUUCGGAUCAUUCCAAUCCUAUUAUGCCUUCGUCUGUGUCAUCCUUGGCGCAGCAACAGGCUAUCAACACCAGCCCUGGGCAGAGUGAUACACUCAACAGCCAGGAUACAUGUGCUUCCUCAAAGGAUGUGUCAACAAAUUCCACAUGCACAUCUGUCACAUGCCAGGGUCAGGCUGAUGUUGUCAUGACCAUCUCAUCUGAUGAAGCCAAGAUAGUCAGUGCGACAUCAGAUUCGGUCACAGCACAAAACACUUCAUCAAAGAUCUCUCCAAGGCAUCCAGGGAGUACUUGCGGCACAGUUAGGACGUCACCAGCUUCUGACACAAUUCCAAGUAACAGAGGCCCUAGGGAAAGGGUAGAAAUGAAUGGUGAAGCACCUUGUCCUGGAUCAAGUUCUUCCACCACACUAACCGGGCCAUCGACCCUUAGUACAGUGCCUGGGUCAGCACGCAUAACUGACUACUCCCCGGAAUGGGCAUACCCUGAAGGCGGAGUCAAGAUUCUCGUCACAGGAGAAUGGAGUUUGACUGACAGGUCUUACACGUGUCUAUUUGAUGGUUGUAGUGUGGAGGCCACCCUCGUCCAGACUGGAGUUCUGCGUUGCUUCUGUCCGCCUCAUGAGCCUGGCCUGGUCACCCUUCAAGUAGCCUGUAAUGGUUUUAUUGUAAGUAAUGCCUGCGUGUUUGAGUACCGCGCACGCGACACACCAAGAAGUAACGCAUCAUGUCACGAGUGGCUCACGAUGGAUGAGUCACGGUUCAAGCUAGCGAUGCUUGAGCGUUUGGAGCGCCUUGAGUCCAGCCUUGGACUACUCCCGCAUCAGGGCUCCAUACAGGGAACUGAUUACACUAACUGUGCGACUUUUGAGGAUCGCAUCAUCCGUGCGUGCCAAAUGUUAUUCACCUCAAUCACACAGGGUAGCGUGGGAGAGGUGCAGAAGCCUUACCGUGGAAUGACGCUGCUCCAUCUCGCAGCAGCGCUGGGCUUUGCAAGGCUCAUCCGACAAUUGAAAUCACUUGUACCUACAGAUGGGUUGUGCCCACUGCGACAAGAGCUCGACCAUUUACGCAGGGACGAGUUCUCAUGUACUGCACUUAUGUGGGCCUGUGGACUCGGACACAAGGAUGCCGUGUGGGAACUGCUCCUGACUGGGGACAUCUGCACACUGACGACUCCUGAUGCACGUGGGCGAAUGCCGCUACAGAUCGCACGAGAUCGAGGCUACUAUGAAGUGGUGGAUUGUAUUGAAGAGUACUACGCUUCGUCUCCAAGCCGUCAAACUGCACUAUUUAACGGCCUCAGGAGUGACGAUGAGGACGAUAUUGCUGAAGAACAACCAGACUACCAUAGCAGUACAGCUACUCCUCCCGAAACAUUCCAUAAUAACGUGCCAAGUUGUCAAUCUGCGACCGCUACGCCUCUGAAUAGCUACCACUCCAGCCUGGUUAACCCUACUACCACGCCCAUAACCAGUUACCAAAGUAGUUCUAAUGUAUCAGCCGGAAGCCAUCAUAGUAGCCUGACAUCCUUUACUGACCGAGCCUGCUCUCCAAUGGCUGUCGAAGAGGAAUCCCAGUCCGCAUGUGUACCCCUGGUAGGAGUACCGCUGAGCCAGGCCCUGGUCAAGGUACAAGCCAUGAUCAAUGAGGCAGAGUUAGAGGCUGACCUCGAGACCUCAUAUCUUCAGACCGUCACAGGACAGGGACAGCUGAACCCAGUUCACGAGGAGGCGGACCUUCUUUACUCAGCAGGCUCCUGGGUAUCACCCGGUGGGAGGUUCAGGUCCUUCAGUACUGCAUCCUCGCAGAGCUCCCCUCACACGCCCUCCUCCAAGUCAUCACUAUCGCCAGGCUCGCCCGGGACCUUCCUCAACUCACCUCAUCCAUCUCCUACUGUCGCCCCUGAUACAAAGGAGUUCCAUGAAUUCCUUUGCACGUCCAAGAAACUUCUAGAGAAGAACUUCUCUGAGCUGACAUUAACAGAUACGGAGCAGCGUGAGCUCUAUCAGGCAGCACUCAUUAUCCAGGAAGCGUACCGCUCAUAUAAGACUCGUCGCCAGCAGCGUGAGGAGGAGUUGCAAGCCGCCAUUCUUAUCCAGAAUCACUACCGCCGAUAUAAACAGUAUGCCGUGUUAAAAAAGAUGACACAAGCCGCGCUGAUCAUUCAGAACCAGUACCGCGCGUACCGCGAACACGAGCAGUUUAAGAAGAGCAGACGUGCAGCUGCUAUCAUCCAGAACCAUUUCCGCAUCUAUCGAAAACGUCGGCAGUCACAGAAACGCCGGGACGAGUACAAGAGCAAACAACAGGAGGCACGAUUCAUGAGACAGGCUUCAAACAGGUCCAACAACAGCUAACGUCGACCUCCUAAAAGCACUGCUCCUUUUCAGACGUAUUGACGCUAUGGUACAGCCGACGCAUUCACCUCGCCCCAGUUAUGCGGCUAAUUUUAAUAUUAUAGUACAGUAGUCUCCCUUACAUCUGUUUAGUGAGCGAGUCAUGUAGACUAAUUUUUGACAGCUUCUAUGUAAUUGCAUUAUCUAAAGAACUUAUUCUUAGUAGCCACUAGUGCAAUCAAACGCAAACUAAACUUUGUUUGUCCAUUGCCAAUCAAAGUAAGAUUGCACUAAGGAAAAUUGAAAAGAAAAGUGAAUUGAAAAUAACAUCAAAACCUUAAUAAUCUCGUUUGCAAAGGCCGGUUCCCUUUUACACUUUCUACCUCGUAUUCGGCUAUCUAUAGAGGAUUGAAAUGGGGCAUAGUUAUUAUACAUUACGUACAUGUUCAUCCUCGUGUAUACACCAGUUUAACGUGCCCUAGAACAAUGGCUAAAGCAACACCACACAGUCCUAGAAAAGAUAAGGAUAUACAUUUGAAAGCGCGUUUAGCCUUAAUGGGCGCCAUUUGAAAUAGAAAUAAGCCAGAUGCCUAGUUUCUGCGGCAAUAUUUAUAAGGAAGGCGGUACUAGGAGUGCGGGGGGGUUCCUCUAUUGCGGGCAUAAUCUUUUUUUCUGGCAUCCUCAUGGAAGAUAUUUGUUCCAAGUUACUCUCCCUCCAGUUGAAUUAAAGAUGCGCUUACAUGGAUAAAGUGCUCUUUUUUUGUAUGAUAUGUAUAUUACAGUGAUGGACUAUCAUCUAUCCAUAGAAAUAUUCUUAUGUAAAUACACACGAGUAGAUUAAUGCUAUUUAUAGUAAAUUAUUUAUUGAUCUUAGUGAUGCAUGUAGACAACCAAUAAAGUUUUGGUUUUACCCGA